AUGGGUGGCGAAACACGAAACCAAAAGGGCCCGCGAAACGACUACCCGCUCCGGGCCCCCAAGCCCGUGGGCCAACUGAUCAGCAAGAUCUACAAGGACCGGAUCAACCAGUUCUACUCGACCGGCCAGUACGAACACCAGAAUCUCCUCGCCCUGAUGAAGGAGGCGGUCGUGUCUGGCGAGCCCCACGUCCAGCUCUCGGUAUGGCACGCCCCCGACCAGACUCGGCCGACCUUCAAGAACGCCACGUCUCAAAAAUUCACAAAGACGAAAGUGGGCGAGUGGUUUGGCCCAUCGUGGACAACCCACUGGUUUCGGGUGGUCAUAAAGGUGCCCGAGGAGCUCCGUGAGAAGAGGCUUCUCGAGCUCCAUUGGGACGGAAACAAUGAGGGCUUGGUGUGGAGGGAGGACGGUCACCCGCUCCAGGGUCUCACUGGCGGCGGCGAGCGCGUGGAAUGGAUUAUCCCAGACUCAUUCCGCGAUGGAAAGGAACACACCAUCUACAUUGAAAUGGCUUGCAACGGCAUGUUUGGCAACGCUCCCGGCGGAGACGCCAACCAACCACCAGACCCGAACAGGUACUUCCGCCUCGACCGAGCCGAGAUCGUCGCCGUGGACCCAGACGCCCGCCAGCUUUAUAUUGACAUCUGGAUUAUCGGCGACGCGGCAAGGGAGUUCCCCGAAAACUCCUGGGAGCAGCACAAGGCGCUCAAGACGUGCAACGAGAUCAUCGAAGCUUUUGAGGUUGACAACAGGGGGUCGCUAAAGACCUGCCGUGAGAUCGCCGAGGAGUACAUCGGUUCGAACGUCAACUCCGACAAGGUUUACAAUAGCGGGAAAGAACCGGUCGUCUAUGGCAUCGGGCAUUGCCACAUUGACAGCUGUUGGCUGUGGCCUUUUGCCGAGACCAAGCGGAAGGUGGCCCGGUCGUGGUCCAGCCAGUGCGACUUGAUGGACCGUUACCCGGAGCUCAACUUUGCUUGCUCCCAGGCCCAGCAGUUCAAGUGGCUGAAGGAGUUGUAUCCCACCGCCUUCGAGCGGGUCAAGAAGAAGGUUGCCCAGGGUCGCUUCCACCCCAUCGGAGGCAGCUGGGUCGAGCACGACACCAACAUGCCGAGCGGCGAGGCGCUGGCCCGGCAGUUCAUAUACGGCCAGCGCUUCUUCGAGAGCAACUUUGGGAGCCGGUGCCAGACCUUCUGGCUGCCCGACACAUUUGGGUACUCCAGCCAACUGCCCCAGCUUUGCCGCCUGGCUGGCAUGACGCGUUUCUUCACGCAGAAGCUUAGCUGGAACAACAUCAACAACUUCCCCCACACCACCUUCAACUGGGUUGCUUUGGACGGAAGCCAGGUUGUCGCCCACAUGCCUCCAUCCGAAACCUACACCGCUGAAGCGCAUUUUGGCGAUGUCAAGCGCAGCAUGUCGCAGCACAAGUCUCUGGAUCAGGAUGCUACCUCCCUGCUCGUCUUUGGCAAAGGUGACGGCGGCGGCGGUCCGACUUGGCAGCACAUUGAGAAGCUUCGCAGGUGUCGUGGCAUCAGCGACACGGUCGGCCUCCUGCCCCGUGUGCAUAUGGGCGACUCAGUCGACGAUUUCUUUGAUAAAAUUGAGCGCAAGGCGGACGAUCUCGUGACGUGGUACGGCGAGCUGUACUUUGAGUUCCACCGCGGGACAUACACGACGCAGUCGAACAACAAGCGCAACAACCGCCAUGCAGAAGUGGUGCUCCGGGAUCUGGAGCUCCUGGCUACCAUCGCCUCGAUCAAGGACAAGUCGUACAAGUACCCGAAGAAGGAUAUUGAUUACAUGUGGGAGAGGGUGCUACUUUGCCAGUUCCACGACUGUCUUCCCGGUAGCUCGAUCGAGAUGGCUUAUCGCGAGUCAGACGAGAUGUAUGCCGAGGUGUUCUCGACCGCCGAAAGCGUUUUGAAAGACGUCUCGAAAGUCCUCGGGGUUUCCCGGGUUCAGAGCACUACGGUGUCAGAGGGAGUUGCCCUGAACACGCUCCCGUGGCACCGCAGGGAGAUUGUGAACAUCUCGGACACUGAAGCCGCUGUUGCCUGCGGGAGCGGGACUGUGAUGAAGCUUCGGACUCUCAAGACCAGUGAGGAGAAGCCCCUGGUGUCCGUCCAGGAGGUCUCGGAGAACGUCUUUGUUCUGCAAAACGAUCAGUUGCGAGUCAGAGUCGAAGCCGGAGUCAUCACCUCCCUUUACGACCGGGACGUUGGGCGCGAGGUCAUUCCCAAGGGCCAGAAGGCCAACCAGUAUGUCAUCUUUGAUGACAAGCCGCUGUACUGGCAGGCGUGGGAUGUUGAGGUAUUCCAUCUCGAGACACGCAAGGCGCUCCCUUCGGGCGAGACGCAGAUCCACGAGAAGAAGAAGCACAGUGUCAGCCUGAUUACGACCACAAGGAUCAGCGACAAGUCGUCCAUCAAGACGGUGAUCACACUUGCUGCUGCUCUGCCCGGACAACAAUCCAUCGUCGAGGUUGAGAGCGAGGUGGAGUGGCACGAGACGAUGAAGUUCCUCAAGGUCGAGUUCCCCGUCGAUGUGCGCAACACGGAGGCUUCGUACGAGACCCAGUUCGGUGUGGUGCGCCGCCCGACGCACUACAACACGUCGUGGGACAUGGCCAAGUUCGAGGUCUGCUCGCACCGUUUCGCCGACUUGUCGGAGCACGGCUACGGCGUGUCGAUACUCAAUGACUCCAAGUACGGCUUCGCAACCGCCGGCAACGUCAUGCGCCUCUCGCUGUUGCGCAGCUCCAAGGCUCCCGAUGCCUACGCCGAUAUGGGCACUCACCACAUCCGUUGGGCCAUUCUGCCCCAUCGCGGCGCCCUGUCGCACACCACUGUCCGCCGCGCCAUCGAGUUCAACAGCCCGCUCAAGCUGCUUUCCACGGCCGGUCUGACGCCAUCCGCCCUGGUUACCCUCUCCGAAGCGCCUGUCUCUUUGGUGGCUGGCUCUAGCGACGCCCUCGUCAUCGACACGGUCAAGCGUGGCGAGGAUGACGAGGACGUGUCGACGGACGACUUGCCGAAACGCGCGGGCCAGAGUGUGAUCGUGCGUAUCUAUGACAGCUUGGGUGGCCGGGCUCGUGGCACGGUGGCUAUCGCGGAGGCGUGGAAUGUGAGGAAGGUGACCAAGGUGAAUUUGUUAGAGGAUGAGCUGGAGGAAGUGGCUUUGGUGGGGUCUCGGGGUGGUGGUGAUGGGGGGCAGGAGUUCGAGGUGGACUUGCGGCCGUUUGAGGUGGCUACAUAUAGGCUACAGUUGGCGUAG